CUCACAUCUCUGCAACAACCCCGUCAACACCAUGGAGAAGUUCUCAAAGUGGAGGGACCCGUCCACGGGCAUCCAGCCCUUCCUCCCGCUCCAGGCGCCGCCGUCCUCCCCGCUCUCGCUAGCACUGUACCCCUUCGCGCUCGUGUUCGGCCUGGCGCGCCUGCUGCUCCUCGGCGCGCUGUACCUCAUCCACCUGGUGCUGGUCGACACGCUCCUCGCGCCGCUGGGCGGCGCGGGCCGGCCGCUCGCCUCGCUCCUCACUGCGCUGACGGCGCGCCUCGCGCUCGCCCUGCUCGGAUACUACUGGAUCCCGGUCGAGACCGUGUCGGCCAAGCGUGCGCGCGGUGGUGUCGCGCAGGUCGCUGGAUCGCCGCGCAGGGGCGACCUCAUCAUCGCCAACUGGACGAGCUAUGUCGACGUGCUGUUCUACGCCUUCCGCCACAACCCCACCUUCCUCCUGCCUGUCUUUGCGGCGCCUGCGUCGACGGGCGAGACGUUCGGCAGGUCGACGGGCACGGGGUCCGCGUCGAUUCUGCUGCCGUCCUCGACGUCCCGGUGCGAGGGCUACGUCGCCGUCAGCGCGCUGUCGCUCAUCGCGCGCACCGGCGCCCUGCCGCCCACCCUCGAGGACGUGAGCGGCACCCUGUUCAAGACGCUCGCAGAGGCGCGCAAGGCGGCGUCUGGCCCCGUGCUCCUCUUCCCCGAGGCGACGACGUCCAACGGCCGCGCGGUGCUGCGCUUCGGCGAGGGCGUGCUUGCCGAGGAAGUUGGCAAGGAGGGUAUCGUCUGGAUCAAGUUUACGCGCCACGCCGUCCCGACAACGCUGCUGCCCGGCGCGACGUGCCCUAUCCCGGCGGUUGGCGCGCACCUCCUCGCGUUCGCAGCGACGCUCCCCCUUCCCCGCUCCAUGGCCGUGCGCACCCUCCACCCAUCCGCCGCACCGUCCAGCCCGUCAUUCCUCCCCUCCGAGGUGCUGGCCUCCCAGCCUGGCGGUCUGGCUGCCGCAAAGGAUGACAAGGCAGUGUGGCGCGAGGCAUGUGGCAUCGUCCUUGCAGAGACUGGUCGCGUGCGCCGCGUCCCCGGCAUGGGCUGGGUCGAGAAGACGAGCUUCCUCGAGUACUAUGCCAAGAGCCGCGAGUCGCGCCGUAGGUAGAUAGAGAUUAGACGC